CGCGCAUCCUCGCAACUUCGAGCCUGUUUCCACGAAUUAUAGAAAGCCAGUCGAAUGAAUGGGGAAGUGCACUCCCGUACCGAAGUGUGAUUCUACGUAGUUUCCUCUAGGGCAACUGAUUUGUACCCCAGAGAGUGACAGAGGGCUACCUCCGCUCCUAGCUCGCUUUGCCAAUCUCAAGAUGGUAUCGAUGGGAAUGUCUCGAUGUCAAUCUGACAGAUGGGCUUGGAUCGCGGUACUGAACGUUGCUACACUCUCCCUCGGCUGUUAUUGGGCUCUGGGUCUGCGUCUGACAAGGACAGAAAGACUUCUCCUUGAGAUUUCGGAUGACACAAAGAGGGACCUGCAGCUCACUUUCCUAGAGGAUCCUGCUCGCAACAUUCCUGCCUUGGUACUGGCAGUUGUGGUUGGCGGAAUCGCCACAGCUGCUGGGGUGGGAGGCGGAGCCUUCUUUGUGCCCCUGUUCAACAUCCUCCUGCAAUUCAGUGUGAAGGGAGCCGCAGCGCUUUCACAGGCGGUGAUUGCGGGAGGGGCACUGGCAGGCGUGGGGGUGACGCUGCACAAGAAGCACCCCUACGACCCCAGCAAGCCGCUCAUUGAUUUUGACCUGGCGCUCAUGCUGCUGCCAGUCAUCCUCCUGGGAGUCUCAGUCGGUGUGCUGGCCAACCAGCUGUUCCCCAAUUGGCUGAUCACGGUGCUGUUGCUGCUGCUGCUCAUCUUCCUGACGCACAUGACCGUCAAGAAGGCGCUCAGCCUGCACCGCGCCGAGGUCCUGUACAAGGCCGAGCAGGCCGCCGACACCUGCAGCAGCGCGCGUGCCAAAGCCGACAGCUCCGAGGGCCACGCGUCCGCGAGUAGCGCACAGCAGCAGGGGGACGCCGCUGCGCGCGCGGCGGUCUUCUGUGAAGCCGGCUCCAGCAGUGACGGCGCACUGGAGGGCGGCGCCGGGGACGGCCGGGGCAAGGCGGCCGCGGGCACGCAGCUCAGCCACGCCUGCGCCAGCCUGGAAGUGGAGCAGCCGGUGGUCAGUGGUGCUCGCGCCCGCACCCAGAUCGUGUCCACGGAGGUGGGGCACAUGAGCGGUGACGAGGGAGAGCACGAUGAGGAUCGACAGCAGGAGCACCGUUCUGUGCGGAGCCAGCCGGCCACCUGGCUCCAGGUGGUGGUGCUGCUGGGCUGCUGGGGCAUCUUUGUGACGUUCCAGCUGCUGCUCAGCCGCUGGCCGCACUGCAGCGGCCCGUACUGGGCCAUCUUCGCCGUCCAGGCCGGCCUCUGCCUCAUCGCCGAAGUCGCCUUCCUGCGCCUGGUGAGUGCCCGCAAGCAGCGCAGCCAGGAGAGUCGGCUGGAGCAGCCGAUGCUGGCGAGCGUGUACAAGGAGGCGCCCGCCUGGACGCUGCCGCGCCUCAUCCGAUCCGCCAUCAUCACCCUCCUUGCCGGCUUCAUCGCAGGCCUGCUGGGUAUCGGCGGCGGCAUGAUCGUGAAUCCGCUGCUGCUGGAGUUUGGCACACACCCGCACGUGGCCGCAGCCACCUCCACCCUCAUGGUACUGUUCUCGUCCUCGUCAGCAGCGCUGUCGUUCGGCUUCUCGCACCUGCUGAACGCGCAGUUUGCGCUGGUGUUUGGGCUGUGCUGCAUGGCCGCGUCCCUCAUCGGCGUACUGAUCGUCUCGCGCAUCGUCGAACGCUCCGGCAACGCCUCCAUCAUAGUGUUCCUGCUGGCGCUGGUGAUCGCGACGGGUGCAACGCUGACAGCGGCUUUUGGCGGCCGCUUUGCAGUGCAGGAUCUGAUCCACCACCGCAGCAUCGGCUUCAGCAGCCUGUGCGCUGGCUCAUCCUCCAGUUGA